AAAUUAUGAUAUCAAUAUCAGAGGAUAUAGAAUCUAGAGACUAGCACUAGAUCUAGACUAAAUCUAGAUCUAGAUACUGAUAAUGUGUCUGUGUUGUUCUGCUGUUAGUAGUGUUAGAUCUAGUUGCUAGGCUGUUACAGUGUUACUCAGUGUCAGUGUUAGGUGUCCAAAACCAAAAAUUGUUGAGUGUUGUUGUGUAAUAACCUUCACUCUUGACUAAAAUGCAGAUCAAGAUCUAGCUAAUGCACAGGUCACAGGCAUUCAUCUUAUUAAAUCUUAUGAAGAUUUCAACGAGAUGAUCCAUUGAGACAAGUGAUAAGAUUCUAUUUAGAUCUAGAAAUUCUAGAUUUAGUUGCUUGGCGAUUGAAAGGAGGUCAAAGAGAGAGAGAGAGAGAGUCAACUUAGAGCUAGAUCUAGAUCUAGACUCGUAGUAAAUGUGAAAAUUAUUAUUUCGCUUUUUUUUUUUGUAAGUAUCAAAAUUUAAUGUCACGGUGGCCUGAGAUGCUUCAUUGAUCUCAGUAAUCAAUCAGUUGAUUAAGGCUGCUUAGAGAUUCAGGAACAAUUAAGCAGAACACCAGUCAUUUAAUGUACAGUAACUAUGGGAACCAGAUUUCUACGUCCAUAUCUUCAGAAUUUAAGGUGCAUGUUUUACUUGGUGACACCCAAUGAAACCUCCUAUGAACGUGUGGAAGAUGUGCCAAACUUUGUGGAUGAGGCAGUGCCUUAUUUCACAUUAUUGAUACUUCUGGAAUGUAUUCUUCUUAAGUGGCAAGGCAAAGAUUUACCAAGGAUCAAUGAUGGCAUUAACAGUAUGACUCAUGGAUUAUUAUCAACAAUGCACAUGUUAUUAUUUCGAUCAGUAGAACUAGUCGUGUAUACAUGGAUUUAUAAGAACUGGCAUUUUAUAGAGCUUCCUUGGAAUAGUCCUUGGACAUGGAUUCUUGGAAUGCUAUCUGUGGAUUUCCUGUACUAUUGGUUUCAUCGGAUCAGUCAUGAAAGUAACAUUGUUUGGGCAUCACACCAAGUCCAUCAUAGCUCUGAGGAGUACAAUUUAACAACAGCACUUCGACAGUCACUGAUGCAAAAAUAUUAUAGCAUGUUCUUGUAUUUUCCUAUGGCUCUGUGUGUUCCACCCUCAGUCUUUUAUAUUCAUGAACAAUUCAACCUUUUAUAUCAAUUCUGGAUCCACACUGAGGUGGUCACCAACUUGGGUCCUCUAGAAUACAUUCUAAACACACCUAGCCACCACCGUGUACACCAUGGUAGAAACCCCUAUUGUAUAGAUAAAAACUAUGCUGGAACUUUAAUAAUCUGGGACAGAAUGUUUAAUACAUUUCAAGCUGAAGGUGAAAAAGUUAUCUACGGUUUAGUUCACCCAAACACAUUCUGGAAUCCUAUCUAUGGUCAGUUUUUUCAUUACUUGUAUAUUUUUGGAUUGGUCAAAGAACACAAAGGAUUAUCCAAUAAACUGUCUGCAGUUGUUAAAGGACCUGGCUGGGAGCCUGGCAAACCUUGGAGAGGAUUGUAUGAAGAUUUGCCAGAAGUUGAGCAGCCAGUCAAAAAAUAUAACAGCGACCUGAUUGGUUGGGCCAAUGUGUAUGUGUUAGUCCAUUUUGUGCUAGUCAUCACUUUCUACAGCAUGGUUGCCCCAUAUAAACAGAAAAUUGAUUUUGCAACAAGCUUUGGAUUUGUGGCAUUUUUUAUUUAUUCCGUUUCUGUUUUUGGAGCUUUGUAUGACCAUAGAAACUAUAGCUACUUGCUGGAAAUUUUAAGAUGUCUGCUGUCUCUUUUUGUCAUAUACCUCAUCAAAGGACCAAUCAGCUUUGAGCUUUCAUUUGUAACAACUGUUUAUGUUUUAUUUAUUAUGUCCUCGGCUCUUUGGGUAUUUCUUAGCAUUUUCAAUUAUAAUGUCUUCAUUCCCAGAAUAAAGAGAGAUUAAUGAUAUUGAAAUGUUUAAAUGUGACUUUCACUAUAGUGGGUGAUUGACACGUGGCUACUUUAAGCAUUUGUUUACUUUCAUUUACAAACUCAACUGCAAAGAUAAUUUUUAUGGAUCAUUAAAAAGCAAGACAUUAUUUAUGUGAUAAUUGUAUAAUGUAAGAACUUUUAUAAAAUAUUAUUUUUUAAUGCAAUGGGGGGUGCUUGAUAAUUGAAUGUAUACAUAUUUAGCUAAAGCUUUCAAUAUGCUUAUCAAUGCAAUACAAUGUUGUUAACUUGUUGACUAACAUACUUUGUAAAUUAUUUGAUAAUAAAAUGAUCGUUAAAACUAUUAAUAUCUAAUUAUUUUAAACUAAAAUUGUCAUCACAGUUCUAUGAUUAUCUUUGGGCAUGCUUUAAAAACAUGAAAGGAAAUUUCACCAUCUGAUAUUUAAAAAAAAAAAAGUCUGACUAGGUUUGUAGACCAUGACUUUGAUAUAUUCAUUCAUUGAAAUCACAUUUUUGAAUGAAUACAUUACUCAUUCACUGGUGUCAUUGUCUUAGUCUAAUACUAAAAAAAAAGUAUUUAGCGAUUUGCUAUAUAAUUAUUUGAACUAGAAAAAUUUCAAACACAAACAAAUAACACAAAUUAUUGAAUUUUGUUUUAUUCAAAACAAAACAAAAAAUUUUGGUUCAAAAGUAUGUUAAAAUAUAUAAUACAGUUAGACAGUACUAAAAGAAGUUUCAUUCAGGACUUUAAAACAAUAAUUCAACACACACACACACUAAAAUUGUUCAAACACAUUCAUAGUCAUGUGAAUGAUUUUUACAACAUAGCCAAAAGUGCAUGAUAUUCUAAACCCCACCCAGCACAAACCAAUU